AGAAACAAAGGCGCAGGACUCGUGCUCCGUGGACGCCAUGGAGAGAGAUCGACCAACCCGAUGGGGGAGGAUCUUCGGCUCCUUCUUCCCCAUGGCUCCUCGCGCGCCGGUCCGUGCAGAGGAGGUACCGCCACCCGAAGCACCUAGGCCUGAAGAGAAGAAGCCUGAGGAGGAGGCGGCGGUGCAGUUUGAGAUGAUGCAACGAGAGUGGCAAAACAUCUCCAUGCAGGACAACUGGGAUGGCUUUCGCAUCGAGGCUCAGAACAAGGUCACUGAGACCCUGCAGGCCACGCAUUCCAUCUUCCUCGGCACCCGGCUACGAGAAUGUGGCUAUCUCUACCACUUCGGCUCCGUCUUUCAGAGCCCGGACCAGCGGACAGUCCUGUUAGCUCGCGCCGGACUAGAUGGAGGGGUGAACGGACGGAUCAUCCAGAAGUUGGGAAGCUGCUGGGAAGUGAAAGCCUCCUCGAAUUCCGACCUCAAAGAUGUCGGUCGCAACAUGCAUGAAAGCUCUUUGGAAUACACCGGCCCUGAACGAGCGCUGUGCGGCAAACUCGCCUGGCAGGGCGCUUGGGUCGGUGGAGGAUCCUUCGUCCAGAAGAUCCUCCCGCAACUGCAGAUGGGGGGGCGAUCUCACCUUGGUCGGGGUGAAUGGUGUGACCUCCAUCGGUCAGGUGGGCUUGCGGUAUGGCGAAGGCAAGAACAUCCUGACGGCCACAUUGAGCCGUACCCCACCCUCCGGACUUCCAGGAGCGGCGGGUCAAGUGCACGAGCUCAAGAUGUACUUUGUGCGAAAGGUCACCGAGCGUUUGAACCUGGGCACCGAGUUCAAGUUUUCCUUUCCCGACAAGGACUCAGGCCUGAGCUUGGGCUAUGAGUACAUUUUCAGGAAUGCGCGAAUCCAGGGCCUGCUGGAUACUGACGGCAAGGUGAGCUGCUGCGUCCACGACGCCAUGGGCUUCGGUUUCAGCGGACUCAUCGACUACGCCCGGGGCGACUACAAGUUUGGCAUGGUCAUGCAAGUGGCCCCUCAGCCCGAACCCGGGCAGCAGUGAGCCGGUUUUGGCGACCCGGAGAGGCUGAGAUGGAAGACGCCCAGGCUGAGAUGGAAG